AUGAGAAUUUCUGUUAUUAAAUCUAGUCUUCAAGUCCAUGAAAAAUACAAUCAAGGCCUUCAUAUCCCAAAACCUCUUCAUUUGAGCCCACCCCGAGACCAUGAAAUCCCUGCUGACUCUCCAAAGCAAGACAUCCAUGAGAGAUGGCAAGAGAUCCAUGGUUCAAACCACUGGCAAGGCCUUCUCAAUCCCCUCCAUCCGUGGCUCCAAAGAGAGAUAAUCAAAUACGGAGAGCUUGCGCAAGCAACAUAUGAUGCCUUCGAUUUUGAUUGUUUCUCUCAUUACUGUGGAAGCUGUAGGUAUAGUCCCUCUCGUCUCUUCCAAAAGCUUGGCCUCACCAGGUGUGGAUACAAGGUGACUAAGUAUUUAUAUGCUAUGUCCCAUGUGGAUCUGCCCCAUUUGUUGAACCGCUCGUUAACAGGCAACAAGUGGAGCCGAGACUCAAAUUGGAUGGGUUAUGUGGCUGUUAGUGACGACAACGAGUCACAACGUAUUGGUCGCAGAGAUGUCAUAGUAGCAUGGAGGGGCACAGUUACCCCUCUAGAAUGGGUUGAAAACAUCCAAGAGAGGCUAGAGAGUAUAGAACAACAUGAUGUGGAUGUCAAGGUUGAGCAUGGCUUCCUUAGCAUAUUCAGGUCCAAGAGUGAGGCAACAAGGUACAAUAAGAGUAGUGCUUGUGAGCAAGCUAUGAGAGAGAUUGAGCGUGUUGUUAGCUUCCAUAGAGAAAGAGGAGAGGGAGUUAGCCUCACUAUAACUGGCCAUAGCCUUGGUGGUGCCCUGGCACUUUUGAAUGCCUAUGAAGCCGCUAUCUCCCAACUCGACAUUCCAAUCGCUGUAUUCUCUUUUGCGGCUCCUAGGGUUGGGAACACGGCCUUUCGGGACAGGCUCAAACACUUGGGGGCGAAGACAUUACGCGUGGUUAUUAAACAAGAUGUGGUGCCUAAGAUGCCAGGUAUUGUAUUUAAUGAAGGCAUGAAGAAGUUUGAGGAAAUCACUGGGUCUUUGCAGUGGAUGUACACUCACCUUGGUGAAGAGCUCAGUCUAGAUGUGAGCUCCUCUCCUUUCCUAAAGCAUGCUUGGAACCCAAUUGGGUUCCAUAGCCUUGAGACAUACUUGCACCUAGUGGAUGGAUACUCGAGCCAAAAUGAGCCAUUUAGCCAUGCUGCAAAGAGAGAUAUAGCACUUGUCAACAAGGCUUGCAACAUGGUGGUGGAUGAGCUUAGGAUACCCCCUUGUUGGCACCAAUUAGCUAACAAAGGCUUGGUACAAAACAGCUAUGGCAGGUGGGUUCAUCCAGAAAGAGAUGUUGAGGAUAUACCUUGUCCCUUGGGCUCAAAUUUAAGUUACACUUGAGAAUCAUUGAUUUUGUGACUUGACCCUUUAGUGAGAUUCAUUGAUUUUGUGACUUGACUCUUAAGUUACCACUUGUGUGGUAGUGUUGCAAUUACCACUUUUGUGGUAGUGUUGCAGUUUACCAUGACUCUAGUGGUGAAGAUUUGAAAAUGAGAGGUUUAUGUAGAGCAUAGAGGAGCACCUAGUUGGAGUUUCCUCUUCCAGU